CAUACUUUCUAAUCUUUUUAUCCUGUCUUCGUCGCGUAGUUCAAGGUGCUCUCCUCUGAUCAUCCUUAAGUAUCUCUCCCCCCUCAUCUUCUCCUACCUCUUGCCUUCCAUUUUUCUUGAUCCCUUUUGUCACGGAACAUGAACACUUCAUCGCCGUUGAAAGUCUUUGCUUCUCCUCCUCUAAUUUCUACCUCAAGAACAACUUUAAAAGCUUUCUCUACCCCUAAAUUUUCUCCUAAACUCCCUAAAAGGACAAGAUGCAUGCAAGAUUCUAACAUCAAUCUUAACUUCGGUUCUAAACCGAAACCAAACCACGAGUUCCCUGUUUCUUUCGCGACUGCUUCCGUUGAAGCCCCCGCAACAACAACAACAAGAACAACCUCGGCCGACGACAAGCUUCGCCUCCUCGUGUCUGAGUUCCGAUCUUUAACAGAACCGAUCGACCGAGUCAAACGUCUCUUGAACUACGCGAUGGAUCUAGCUCCACUCGACGACUCGGCUCGUGUUCCGGAGAACAGAGUCCCGGGAUGCACGACUCAGGUAUGGUUAGACGUCAAGAUGGACGAGUUAGGUAGGAUGAGGUUUAGAGCAGACAGCGAUUCAGAGAUCUCCAAAGGGUUCUGUUCCUGUCUUAUUUGGAUCCUCGACGGGGCUAAACCAGAGGAAGUGAUGAACGUGAGAGGCGAGGACUUGGCGGAGAUGAACGUUGGUGUUCACGGGAAGGUCCAGUCGAGAGUCAACACGUGGCACAACGUCUUGAUGAGUAUGCAAAAACGGACCAUGGCUCUUGUUGUUGAUGCUGACGUGGCGCACCGAGAAAGAGACAGAGCCCCACCCCAUCAGCAUGAUCUUUUGUUUGGUUAUGUUAAUGGAGGAAGUUACAUGGAAUCUUCUAAGGGUCGGCAUGAUUACUCCAUUUCGCUGCUUCCUUUGUAUUAUGAUUACACUAUAUGAAUGUUUUGGUGUUUUCUAUAGAUUGUUGUAAAGCUUUCUGAAACAUAAAUUAAAAGUUUGUGUUUCUGUA